AUUAAAUUACGGUUUUUUCCCCAUAACUAUGAGGGUCUACAAAAAAGAUGAGGAGCAAUCCUCGUCUGAUGUACGGGAAUCAGCGGCAAUUUCUCAACACACUGCUGAUCCCUUAUCGAAAGUGGGCAAUAUUAAGCCUGCCUCCAUGACCGAAGUGAGUCCGGUUAUUCCAUCUGAAGACUCACCUGUGUGCAUGGACAUUUCAGUGUCUGCUCCUUCGCCAGCUCACUCAAUUACAUCAGAGGAGAGCGUAGGCAUGCGCUAUCUUUUCGAUGAAGAGGAACUCCUAAUGAGUAAUGACUCUGAGGAGGAUAGUGCUUUUGAUGUCACUGUGGUGGAGAAAAAUGGAUCCACACAUACUGAAGAUGCGGGUACAGCAAAUUAACCUGCAUCAUAGCAAGGCUGCAUCCGCCAGUCUACUGCAACGCCUCAGCAACAACGAGGCUGAUAUGGUCCUGAUACAAGAACCAUGGAUUUAUAAGGAUCUUGUAUGCGGAAUCAGGGCUAAUAACUACAACCUAUUUUAUGCGGUAAAUAAGGUGAUGGUGACCAAACCGCAGUAAGUAUCGAGGGCUCCUGGGGCCAAAUAUGGGCAGUAUCUGCAUAUCUGGCACAUGACCAUGCCACA